CCUGCCCUCCCUCACUGAGCUGAAUCUGGUGCGGAAUGCAGAAAAUUAAACAGGCAAAUACAAUACAAAGUGACAGAGCUGUGACGAGGAAAUACAGGAAAGAGAUGUCAAGGAUGACUUCUUGGAAAAAGCAGCAUCUUCAUUAAGACCAGAAGAAUGAGUAGGAAUCGGUCAUGGUGAAGGCCAUGCCGCCCCCUGGGAAGGUUCCCCGAAAGGAGAACCUGGGGCUGCAGUGCGAGUGGGGGUCCUGUUCCUUUGUAUGCUCAGCCAUGGAGGAGUUCUGCGAGCAUGUCACUCAACACCUGCAGAAGUACCUGCACAGCUCUGAGGAGGAAGAGGAGGAGGAAGACCUGCUGGAGGAAGAAUUCUCCUGCUUAUGGCAGGAGUGUGGCUUUUGUUCUCUGGACAAUUCUGCUGAUCUCAUCCGCCAUGUCUACUUCCACUGCUACCACACCAAGCUGAAACAGUGGGGGCUGCAGGCCCUGCAGAGCCAGGCCGACCUCAGCCCCUGCAUCCUGGACUUCCAUAGCCGCAACAUCAUUCCUGACAUCCCUGACCACUUCCUGUGUCUGUGGGAGCACUGUGAGAGUUCCUUCGACAAUCCUGAGUGGUUCUAUCGGCACGUGGAAGCACACAGCCUGUGCUGCGAAUACAAAGCAGUCGGCAAGGACAACCACAUGGUGCUGUGUGGCUGGAAAGGCUGUACCUGCACCUUCAAGGACCACUGUAAGCUUCGUGAGCACCUCCGCAGCCAUACCCAGGAGAAGGUGGUGGCCUGCCCCACCUGCGGGGGCAUGUUCGCCAACAACACCAAGUUCUUAGAUCACAUCCGUCGCCAAACCUCCUUGGAUCGUUGUUCCCUCUGUCUGGGAUGGUUCCCCUCUCUGGGACUCGUUCUCUCUGUGCCUCUCCGCCAUCCCUCACAAACUACCCUUUCUUCUGCCUGCCCCACCCCAGAGCAGCGCUUCCAGUGCUCGCACUGUUCCAAGAGAUUUGCCACUGAACGCCUGUUGCGAGACCACAUGCGUAACCAUGUGAAUCACUAUAAGUGCCCUCUGUGUGACAUGACCUGUCCGCUGCCAUCCUCCCUCCGCAACCAUAUGCGCUUUCGCCACAGCGAGGACCGGCCCUUUAAAUGUGACUGUUGUGACUACAGUUGUAAGAAUCUGAUCGACCUCCGGAAGCACCUGGAUACCCAUAGCAAGGAGCCAGCUUACAGGUGUGAUUUUGAGAACUGCAGCUUCAGUGCCCGAUCCCUCUGCUCUAUCAAGUCCCAUUACCGAAAAGUACAUGAAGGAUACUCAGAGCCAAGGUACAAAUGUCAUGUGUGUGACAAAUGCUUCACAAGAGGCAACAACCUCACCGUGCACCUUCGCAAAAAGCACCAGUUCAAGUGGCCCUCAGGGCACCCUCGUUUUCGGUACAAGGAACAUGAAGAUGGCUACAUGCGGCUGCAGCUGGUUCGCUAUGAGAGUGUAGAGCUGACACAGCAACUGCUGCGGCAACCACAGGAGGGAUCAGGCCUGGGAGCCUCACUAAAUGAGAGUAGCCUGCAGGGCAUCAUUCUAGAAACAGUGCCAGGGGAGCCAGGACCCCAAGAAGAGAUUGAAGAGGAAGUAGAAGGCAGGAGUGUUGAGGGGACAGCCCUCUCAGCCUCUCAGGACACCCCCAGUCCCGUCAUCCACGUGGUGAAUCAGACCAAUGCCCAAGGCGAGCAAGAGAUUGUCUACUAUGUGCUGUCUGAAGCCCCAGGAGAGCCACCCCCAGCUCUUGAGCCUUCCUCAGGGAGCAUCAUGGAAAAGCUUCAAGGAAUAGCUGAGGGGCCAGAAGUCCAGAUGGUGUGAAGGAUGCAGAGCCUGAUCAUUCCUACCCCAGGCCCUAGGGUUUGAGCCAGGCUGGUGGCAGCGCCCUUACGGGCAGCCCUUGCCAAUGUAUGACUUUAGGAGUGGUGCUGAGAGUAGUGUGAUUCACUCCGGAUCUAGCUUGAAAUCAUUCAGCAGACUUUAAGGACUUGCUAGACCACAUUUUGUCGGAUCCUGAGGAAUUUGGAUUCAUUGAGGGGACACCCUGGUUGUGUGUGUUCUUGUAGAGGAAGCUAGUAUCGGGCUUAACCAUAACCCCUAGACAUGCUGGAACAGUGAUUAAAAACCCUUAGUCAACUUGCAUUUAUUCCUAUCUUUAGGGUUUCUUAGGCCCAGGGAUGUCGUGUAACUGGUCCUUGCAGGGGACCAUAACCAGCCAAGGCAUUAUGAACCAGGUAGCCAUUUCCCUCUAAAGGGUUCCUCCUACAACCCAAGGACUUCCAUGUUAUCCUCAGGGCUGGGGCUGGAGGCACUGAAUGUGUGUGUAGCAAUUGUUUUUGGUAAUAAAAGAAUCACUUAGGCUGUUAACUCA